AUUUCAAUCAAUCAGUGCAGCAACUAUAAAAUCGAUAACAACAAUGUCUAACGUCCCAACAAGACUUCGUGAUUUGUUGACCGAUGCCAUGGCCACUCCUCAACGUCUAUCCCAUCUGUUGGUGAAAGCUUUGGGCGGUAGCGUCCUUCCGGAGGAUCAUCCUCUGGGGUUGGGCCAUCGCUAUCGUACAGACUAUAAUCACCCACUGCAGGAAAUAAUCAAAAGCAAGGACGAAGUAAACGAACAGGACCUACACCAGCUGGUGAAGCUUAGCAAGGAUGGCUUCCUGGCCAAUGUUGACGUUUCGCAUUUCAUUCCGGAAGAGAUCACUGUGAAGCAUGACGACGGUUGGAUUACGGUCGAGGGAAAGCAUGAGGAGCGUCCUGACGAUCAUGGUACCGUGUCGCGACAUUUCGUUCGAAAGUAUCGACUGUCGGAGGGACACGACACGGAUAAGGUGCUCUCGACGAUUUCAUCCGACGGAGUGCUAACAAUCAGGGCACCCCGAUUGGCCAUGAAAGGAUCGGGAAAGGAGUGCAAGGUUUCAGUGGUGCAGCCGGGCAAACGUGCCAAAGCCGAUGGGGAACAGGACGAAGCCAUACAGCGGAACGAUGCCAAGAAGGUUAAGCAGUGAAGUAAGCCGUCAUUUCUUUAAUGUGGUUUAGA